UACACAUACAAAUACACAUACAGAAAUUGUGUUCUUUAAAUGCAUAUAUGCAAAUAUGAAAUUAAAUUAUAAAAUGAAACAACUUCAAUCACCAGUGCGACUGCAUUAUUAACUUAUUUUUUUAUUGUUUCAGGUACGCAAAUUGGCCUUUGAAACAGCCAGUUUUUAUGGGUUGUCUUUUCCAGCACAGUGGGCUGCAAAUGGCAUGGUAAGUGAGAGCUGGUUCUCAAAUUUCAUGAGAAGGCAUCCAUACCUUUCAAUAAGAAGACCUCAGGCCACAAGUUUAAGCAGGGCCACCAGUUUUAAUCCUACAAAUGUGGCAACAUUCUUUUUUAAGCUGGCCACAGUCCUGUUGAGGCAUGCGUUCACAGCAAAAGACAUAUGGAACGUGAACGAAACAGGCCUAAUGACAGUCCAGAAUCCAGGAUGCAUUGUUGCAACUAAGGGAGAGAGAAGAGUUGGGAGUGUAACAUCUGCAGAGAGGGGGGUCCUUGUUACCAUGGCCUUGGCAGGGGAAAUGCCCUGGGUAACAUUACCCCACCACAUUUCAUCUUUCCCAGAAAGAAAUAUCACCCUCAUUUAAUCAGAGGUGGUCCAGAGGGCUCAAUUGGCACAGCCAACGGUAGUGGCUGGAUGCAGGAGCAGGACUUUGUUGUCUUCCUCCAGCAUUUUGUUCAGUAUACCAGGGCAACAGAAGACAACAAAGUUUUGCUCCUGUUGGACAACCACUCCUCUCAUCUAUCAAUUGAAGCUGUCAACUUUUGUCAGGCAAAUGGCGUGGUUCUGUUAUCUUUCCCCCCACACUGCACACACCAACUGUAACCACUGGAUAGAACGGUUUAUGGGCCACUAAAGAAACACCUAAACAGUGAGAUGGACAAGUGGCACCGGAGGCAUCCUGGAACAACGAUCACCAUCUAUGACCUGCCAGAGAUGGUCAACAACAUCUUGCUCUUGGCAGCAUCACCUCAGAAUGUCAAGAAGGGGUUUCAUUGCACUGGGAUCUGGCCGUACAACAAGGACAUCUUCAGUGAAGUCAACUUUCUCCCAGUGUCAGUGACUGACAGACCCCCUGUGGCUCCAUCUCUCCCUGGGUCAUCCACCGUUGCUCCUCCAUCUCUCCCUGGACCGUCCACUGCUGCACCUCCAUCUCUCACUGGACCGUCCACUGCUGCACCUCCAUCUCUCACUGGACCGUCCACUGCUGCACCUCCAUCUCUCACUGGACCGUCCACUGCUGCACCUAUAUCUCUCCCUGGACCGUCCAUUGCUGUACCUCCAUCUCUCCCUGGACCAUCCACUGCUGCUCCUCCUUCUCUCACUGGACCGUCCACUGCUGCACCUCCAUCUCUCACUGGACCGUCCACUGCUGCACCUCCAUCUCUCACCGGACUGUCCACUGCUGCACCUAUAUCUCUCCCUGGACCGUCCACUGCUGCACCUAUAUCUCUCCCUGGACCGUCCACUGCUGUACCUCCAUCUCUCCCUGGACCGUCCACUGCUGCACCUCCAUCUCUCACCGGACUGUCCACUGCUGCACCUAUAUCUCUCCCUGGACCGUCCACUGCUGCACCUAUAUCUCUCCCUGGACCGUCCACUGCUGUACCUCCAUCUCUCCCUGGACCGUCCACUGCUGCACCUCCAUCUCUCACUGGACCGUCCACUGCUGCACCUAUAUCUCUCCCUGGACCGUCCACUGCUGUACCUCCAUCUCUCCCUGGACCGUCCACUGCUGCACCUCCAUCUCUCACUGGACCGUCCACUGCUGCACCUCCAUCUCUCCCUGGACCGUCCACUGCUGCACCUCCAUCUCUCCCUGGACCGUCCACUGCUGCACCUCCAUCUCUCACUGGACCGUCCACUGCUGCACCUAUAUCUCUCCCUGGACCGUCCACUGCUGCACCUCCAUCUCUCCCUGGACCGUCCACUGCUGCACCUCCAUCUCUCCCUGGACCGUCCACUGCUGCACCUCCAUCUCUCACUGGACCGUCCACUGCUGCACCUCCAUCUCUCACUGGACCAUCCACUGCUGCACCUAUAUCUCUCCCUGGACCAUCCACUGCUGCACCUCCAUCUCUCCCUGGACCAUCCACUGCUGCACCUCCAUCUCUCACUGGACUGUCCACUGCUGCACCUCCAUCUCUCACUGGACCGUCCACUGCUGCACCUAUAUCUCUCCCUGGACCGUCCACUGCUGCACCUCCAUCUCUCCCUGGACCGUCCACUGCUGUACCUCCAUCUCUCCCUGGACCAUCCACUGCUGCACCUCCAUCUCUCCCUGGACCGUCCACUGCUGCACCUCCAUCUCUCACUGGACCGUCCACUGCUGCACCUAUAUCUCUCCCUGGACCGUCCACUGCUGUACCUCCAUCUCUCCCUGGACCAUCCACUGCUGCUCCUCCAUCUCUCACUGGACCGUCCACUGCUGCACCUCCAUCUCUCACUGGACCGUCCACUGCUGCACCUCCAUCUCUCCCUGGACCGUCCACUGCUGCACCUCCAUCUCUCCCUGGACCGUCCACUGCUGCACCUCCAUCUCUCUGCGGGCCAUCCACUGCUGCACUGUAUCAUGUCCCAUCCCUGGAUAUUCCUAUGCCAACAGUGACCCUUAACUCAGAGGGUUUUGAGGAAUUUACCAUCACUUUAGUUCCUCUGUCUUUCCAAGAGGAGAAAAUCACCACUGAACAGGAGCAUGUUCCAGAAUUCUUGCCUGAAGCUGUAAGGCCAUACCCCAAAGCCGGUCCCCGAAAGGCCAGUGGCCAAAGGCGGAGGAAAAGGGCAAGUGAUAUACUCACCGACUCACCUGUAAAGAAUGCUCUUGAAGAGGGAAAAAAAAGUGUUCCCAAGCUGUCAAAAGGAAAAUCCUAAAACAAAAAGAGCAAAAAAAGGAAAAUACAGAGGACACUCAAUGUUUUCAACAUCCUGGCCGGGCGAACAGUGGAUCUCCUGCUCCAUCUGUGGCAUGUGGUCGCAUGUCGAAUGCACUGAUGGAGGCCAAAUCUACAUUUGCCACCACUGUAAGUGACAGGGGUGACUGAGUGAGUGCAUAGCCUAGGUGACUGAAUAACCUUUGUUUUGUUUUUAUGGUUUAUUAGGCUAUUGUUGUUAUGUUUUUAUUUAUUAUGUUUAUUGUUAUUUUGUUUAUUAGGUUAUUGUUUGCAUUUGAUCUGUUUUAUUAUUGAUGUUUUCAAAUGUUGAAUGUUAUUUUAUUGUUAUUAUUAAAAUGAUAAGCUUUAUGUAAUGUUUCACAAAUGAA